AUGGGUGUUUCAACAGAUAAAAUGUCCAAAGACAAACAAAGCGAUACUAGCUCCGGUGAGCGACCGCCGUCAUAUUCAGAUGACCCAGAAGCGCAACUAUCUGCGGAGUUCAAGUUAAACCUCAAGAUAUCAUCCGAUACCAAGUCUAUCAGUCGGGAUGAAUGUAUCGCACAUCUCAAAUUCCUAGCUGUGCUUGCAGACCUGCGCGAGAAUAUCUCUGGCGAUGACGGGCUCUUUGGUAUCAAAGAUGCCGAAGCCGACAGAUUCCCAGAGUCGAUCAAUGAAGCGCGGGCCCGAAUCCGCGAGAAGCGCUGGGCUGUGUACACUGCUCGUGCGGUUGAUCGAUAUACCGCAUGGUGGACUACUGGUCUCCCACGGUCAAGACAGAACGCGUGCUUGAGUGAUGUGGAAAGUGCGGACUAUGAGGAUAUCAUCAACCCACAGACUCUAGUGGCAUGGAGUCCUGAUAAUCUGCCUCCGAUCGAUAUUCUGAUGGUGUGGCAUGCUCAUUGCUUGAAUCCUCGCAAUUAUCUCGAGGAUUGUAUCCGAUAUGGCAAGAUGAGCACUUGGAAGACAGGCUUCCCCUGGGAGAUCAUCGACAGCUGCAUUGACAACCGCAAGCUGGAAUUCAAUGUCUCUGACGAGGCCCAGAAGAUCUUCGAGCAGAAGCUGGACAUCAAAUGGAACAAUCUGCACGACCCGCCUACCAAGACUAUCCAAUGUCCUAGUUGUAUAAAGAUGGUCACUGUCCAGUGGACAGAAGCUCUCUUCGGAGAGACCAUCGAGAACGCCUUCAGAUUCGGCGAUGGCUAUGCAGACAACUCAUUCCAAACACAAUGCUCUCACUGCCGUCACACAAUCGACCACGGCCGACUCAAGGUCGCCAAAUUCCGAAAAGACCUCCAAGCAACAAUGCACGCCGACAUCCCAAUGCCCGGCUCAUUCACCAACCUCCACGGAAUCCCCGAAGGACCAAACAAGCUCAACAAGCACCCAAGCCUCCACUACACGCUCUUCCCCACACGACUCCUGCAAGCCGUCGGCCCAGAACUACUAAACUUUACGGACCCCCGAGUAGACUGGUGCAGAGAUAUCCAAGACCUACGCAAAGAACUAGAACCGAAACUCCGCGACCGGAAAGCCCUAAUGGAAGCGCACGGCAACAUCUACGUCAGACGUCUACGCCUAGAAGAGCGAAUCCACUUCCGCCGCCUAAUGUCCAGAUACUGGGACAACCUAGGUCCAUUCGCACUGGACCUAGUCGGCGCGGUCAUCCGACAAGGAACAUUCAUCUCAAAAAUGGACCAAAUAGACUGGCUACACUCGCCAACAGUCCACGAAACAAUGACCCGCCUAAUCAAAAAAUACGAAGUUUUCUUCCAAAUAAUGAUGGACCACCCAAAGAACAUGGCCGUCCCAACCCUCGACGUCGACCUAGCCUGGCACACGCACCAACUCUCUCCAGCCCGCUAUUACACCUACAGCACUAGCAACCCCACAAAAGCAGGAAUCCGCGUCUUCAUCGACCACGACGACAAAGUCGACGAGGAUAAACUCUCCGAUGGCUUCGCCUGGACCAGCAAGACUUACCGCCGCGUCACGAACGGCGCCGUCUACUCCGAGUGUACAUGCUGGUACUGCGAGGCAACCCGAACACCAGACCUCUACGAUAGACUUAUCACAGUUGGCUCGGCCUCCCGCGCCCGCGACGCCGCAGACUCGCUACAUGAUCGUCCCGAUAUCUCCUCCGACCCAAACAAGAACCCGCAUAUCUCAGCGCAUAAUGCCGUCCGGCCUAGUUCGCUGUACGCAGCUGACCACCGCGGCUCGGUGAAUUAUUUGCAGCUCAGGUCUAAUUAUCAGAAGGCUGCAAGACGGGCUGAAAAACGUGGGCGGUUGAGGUCCGGAUCAAAGUCUUCCACGCUUUCUUCUUCUGAGAAAAAGGAGAAGGAGAGGGAGCGGGAGAGGAAUGCGGCUGCUGACCCUUAUUAUAUGCCGUAUGCGUUUGGGUUCCCGAUUUUCGUGCCGAUUUAUGCGCCGUAUAUGGCGGAUCCGUGUAUCAAUUCUGAUGUUUAUGCUUGUAAUCCUGGUUGUAUGAGUACUACUUCUGGGGCUAUUGGUAAUUGUUGUUCUGGGACUUGUGGCGGAGCAGGUGGAUGCGGCGGCAGCGGAGGCGGAUGUGGCGGCGGCGGAGGCGGUUGUGGAGGUGGUGGUGGAUGCGGUGGAGGCGGAGGUGGUGGAGGUGGAGGCUGUGGGGGUGGUGGUGGAUGUUGA